AUCAUUUAGGUUACGUAAGAUUUCCUUAAUCUAAGAGAAACAUGAGGUUUCUACUAGUGGCGGUGCUUGUCUUGGUUGAGUUGCUGUCAGUUCCCCAUCAUAAUAGAGCUCAUAAGGAUUCUUGCCCUUCUGGAUAUGGCGAAGAUUGGGAUUCAUGUGUUAAGACCGAUGGGGAACUUGUUCCGAUUAGGAGAGAAGUUUAUGGAGGAGGAAGGAUUAUAGACAUAACACAUAGAUAUACCCAUGACACUGCCGGUGGAGAUGCUGUCAAAGGGAUUGGGAAGUAUGUUUGGCAGACCAUGAGAAUGAGUAAUGGUUCAGACUACAAUUACUCUAUUAUGCAGUUGCAUGUCCAUUCGGGUACCCAUGUAGAUGCGCCUGGUCAUAUGUACAAUGAUUACUUUGAAGAGGGGUUUGAUGUCGAUACUCUUGAUCUGGAUGUUCUUAAUGGCCCGGCCUUGUUAGUUGAUGUUCCAAGGGACACAAACAUAACCGCUGAAGUGAUGAAGUCUCUCCAUAUUCCCAAGGGAGUUAAACGUGUUCUUUUCAGGACAUUGAACACAGAUAGGAAGCUUAUGUACAAAAAGGGGUUUGACACUACCUAUGUGGGGUUCAUGAAGGAAGGAGCACAGUGGCUAGUGGAUAAUACUGAUAUUAAACUCGUAGGAAUUGAUUACUUAUCAGUCGCUGCAUAUGAUAACCUCAUAUCUUCUCAUCUUGUGUUCCUAAAAAGUCGGGAAAUAAUUCUGGUGGAAGGACUGAAACUUGAUGGGGUGAAAGCAGGAUUAUAUACAGUCCAUUGCUUGCCAUUAAGAUUGUUUGGAGCUGAGGGGUCUCCCAUAAGAUGUAUCCUCAUGAAGUAACACUAUUCUGGAAAACACAUAGGAUACUGGGCAUGAUCGUACUCGUAGUAGGCAUAUGGAGAUAGAUUUCCUGGAAGUUUCUUAGCUAUUAUAAAUAAAAGGUCGUCAUCUCUAAACUGUUCAUGUAAAAUUGCUCUUUCCUAUCUCUCUCAAUCAUGUAAGCUUUUGAAUUCUUGUCACAGAUCACGCUGUUGUACUUUAAACUUGUUUGAGCAUAUGAAGUUUUUUAUGGUUAUG